AUGGCGGGCAUCGGUCUUAACGUCUAUGUGCUGGUCAAGUUAAAAAAGAUUGCACGGUGCGAAGGUUUUAGUAGUUUAAAAUAGUCAUUUAUAGAUUCUUUCUGAUUAAGUCCAAUUUAUUGAAAAGGAUCUAAACUACUUCCGAUUAUUACGUAAUUACCGUAUGAAUAAUUAUAGUAUGAAUUCGUUUCGAUUCGAGACCUCCUCAGCCUUGCCAUUAUGUGCCAUGUCAAUUUGUGAUUCGAUCUGUUUGUUGGCUCUGUUCUCCCAGGCCAUGUUCCAUGUUGGAAUCCGAGCAUUGGCCCGAGAGCAUUCAAGCCUGGGGGCAUCUUUAUUCUGCAAAGUAAGUCAUCUCUCUAAAAUCAAAUAAAAAAAUAAAUUGUUAUAAGGAAACGGUUUCUUUUUAUCAAAAAUUAAAUUGUGAAAUCAAAUAUUCGUACAUGUAACGGAUGAGUUCUUUAGGUGGACAUGUAUCUUCUCCACACGACGUCAUCCUUCUCAGUCUGGUGCUGGCUGAUCCUCUCAGUUCUCAGGUAUACAGCAGUCUUUCAUCCUUUUAAAUAUCGUACCAUCUGGAGACAACCAAGAGAUGCUUUGGCAAUCACAGCCAUCGUGAUUUCUCUCUAUGAGACUUGGAUAUUGUACACAGUCGAGUAUCAGGAGAAGACUCAAAGUUGCAGUGAGGAGAAACAAACAAGUGCUACUCAGGUGGAAAUUAUAUCCAAAUUUUAUUUGGUCUUUUGCAGACUGCCCACAUGAUGGACAUCUUUCUGUCUUAUGUCAUCCCCGCAUUUAUUCGAAUAGUCUUCGAUGGGAUCGUUCUUUGCCAUUGCUAUCGUCCCGAUAUGGUUGAGGUUCCUAUCCUUCAACGUCGGUGUGGAAUAUCUGCACCCUCUGGUAUUCCACCUGCCCCUACUGACCCAAAUCAACCAGUGAAUAUGAAUCUGGCACUUAGCUUGUCCAAACAAAACUCUUACAAAAACCAAUCACAACCAGUACAAAAGAAGGCGUCCAUGAUCAAGAGGUCGUUAAUAAUAUCAGUUGUCAACUUAUGUUGUAAUCUUCCUUCUCAUAUCCUCAGAGGAAUGCUCACCGUCGACGAGUCGCAUAAAACAAUUCCAGAGCGAUGGAUGAUGCUUCUCGAAGGUAAAUAAAUACAUCCAACAGAACAUAAUCGUAUUUUCAGGAGUCAGUCAAUUACUGUAUUUCGGGCAGUUCACUUGUAAUGCCUUUUAUUUGAGUACUACAAUAUACGAGACAUCAACAGUGCCGACCAGACCGUGUCAUGUAUUGACAAAACAACAAUCAAAUUCUUCGACAAUCACUUCAUCGACGAAAAACAACUUCUUUGCCGAAUAUGUUUAA